AUGGCGUUGCUGUACCGGGCGACGCGGCUUAAAGACCGCGCGGACACGCACGUCUUCACCUUCGUGGUCACACGUUCCGCCACCCGCGAGCCCGAUCGCGACGUCACCUCGAAGGACUUCUGCUGCUCGCACCAAAGAUGGGCCGUCGCGUUCAGCCGCUCCGAGGCCUCACUGGGUGUGUACCUAGUGUGGCGGGGCGUAUGCGAAGGCAUGCGAGUUUACGUCGACUUCACUUUUACCUUGCUUAGUCGUGACCAUUUUACAGCGAAUGAAGGAUUCUCCGGCAAGCAAGUCAGAUUCUACGCGGGAUGUGCGGCUCAAGGACGAGGACGAUGCGUAUCACUUGCAGAACUAAAUGCCAAGUUCGCGGACGCACGUGGUGAAUUCCAGCUUGAACUGAGCAUGUCACGUGUUCGAACUCUAUACUCCUGCGAGUUACGAGCUCCUCGUUUAGAUACACCUCCAAUAGCAUUCGCCGGUUUUGAUUGGUCAGUAGCUGCAACGGGCGGUGUCGGCAAAGAACCACUUACAUUACGUCUAGUGAGACUAUCUGGAGAAGGUCAGCUCUGUCGUAUACGUUACGCUCUUGCUCUUGGCGAAGGUGAAAGACGGAUACACUCUGGCCCUCUCGAGUGCCUUUGCGACACAGACGGUCGAACUCCACCGUGGACACCUCGUCCUCCUUAUCGUCUUCUUCAUAAAGGUGUUCGAUUAAUGGUAGAGUUGGUGUCCGCGAGGGCUUUAGCGGAGUUAUCAGUACCAGUCGCUGGUCGUGCGGCGACAUGCUAUGACAGAGAUAAGCAGGCAUGGGUGCUGCGUUGUGACACGCAUUCAGAAACAGUGCGACUGCACAUGUUAUACCGCGAUGUUCAUCAUGUUCCGCGCAAUCAUCUUCGCUAUGUUAGUUGGUCGGCAUGGUUGGUGCGCUCAGCACCCGCUCCCGGCGAACCCGAAGCCGAGGAAUUGCCCGGAGCACCUUUUGAAAACUAUUACGCUCAAGAGAGUGCAGACGAAGGACUUAUGAUGGAAACUGCAUUAAGAGUCGAGGACGUGUCCCGAGCCGGUAGUCCCUUUCUCCAUUCAGGUGGAGAGCUUCAUGUGCGUCUCGAAUGGACCGAUACAUAUCUCCUUUUUCAAGCUACUUAUCACGUUUAUGAUGACCUCUGUCGAUUACAUGCACACCAAAUGAGACGCGAGAUAGCUGCACUGCAGGCGGAAAACUACUCGCUCGAGCGACAGUUGUUCAGUUACCAAAAGAGCCUAGCGUACGCCCAGGCGCAGGCCGGCGAACCGGCGGUCGCGGAGACCAGCGGCCGGCGUUCGCCCGCUGAGCGCUCGCUGUCCACCGACACGGAGUAUGCGUGAGCUGCGGCCCUUCUAAGUACGCACUCGACUCUUCUAUCCUUUCGACUGAUCUGACGUUUUUGAGCGAUUUAUCUAUUUUUCUAAACGUUUUAUGGCGAACUGCGCCCUCGUCCGCACCGCUUCUCGCCGGUCGCCUGCACUCUCGCCGCUCGGGUCUAUCGAUAGCUGAUUAUUAUAUUCGACUACUUUUCUAUUUAUCUGUACAUAAAAUAUAUUUAGAUAUAAUAUAUUAUGUAUAUUUCUUAACUUAAAACUCGAAUUCAUAUACUACGACAGUCGAUUUACGAAUAAAAUAAUUUAAAAUG